AUGUAUGUCUUAACAAUUGUGUUAUUCUUAGUUAUGGUCUCUGAAAAACUAUUCGUAACUUCAAUGUAUGAUAAUGUGUGUGGUGGAACAUGCGCUUUUCCUGGUAUGAUUUGUGCAUCCGGUCGAUGUAAAUGUAAUGGGCAAAAUCGUCUUUUUUGGACAGGUGUUCGUUGUUUAUCAUGUCCAUAUGAUUGGUCUUUUUCUGAAAUAGCAUGUAUUCGACUUUAUACCAGUCCAUUGAAUCGAAUAAAAGCGGCAACAGUAUGUCAAAAUAUGCAAGCAGAUUUAUUUAGUUAUCGUGAUAAUAGUAUACUUGCACUUAUAUAUCAAGUAACUGAGAGUAAAACUGGACGUAGAAGAAGACAAAUGGCAACGACAAAUAAAACUGUAGCUUGGACUAGUGCACAAGCCACUUCGAAUAAUUUGGAUCUAUAUCAAUGGGAUGAUAGGAGAAUAAAUCAAUUUGACGGUAAACAUGCUGCGUGGUGUAAUACAAAGACAAAUUUGGGUUAUGCUCAUACGCACAACGAACCAUCACGAUUGACCACUAGUAAUGAUUCAGAAAAAUGUGUUAUACUUCGACGAGGAAUACCUUCACAUCCAAUAGUAUGUCUCGAUGAUGUAUUUUGUCAUGAACAAUAUCCAUUUAUUUGCGAAAGAUCUGAAUCAACAGCUCAGAAAUACCCUGCAUCAUUAUCUACAAAUGUGGGAAGUCUGCAUAGCACACUGAAUAGUAAUUCAAAAUCCACACCGAGUGGUAAUUCAAAAUCCACAUCGAAUAGUAAUUCAAAAUCUACUACGAAUAGCAGUUCAAAAUCUACUACAACUAGUUAUUCAAAAUCUACUACGAGUCCAUAUGCAGGUAAUGAUAGUAAUUAUAAUACAAACAAAGAUCCAACUAUUGGUGAGGAACAUAAUUUGGGAAUGUUAGCUAAACCAGAUACACCAAAAUCAGAUAACAAUACAAAAAUGAUUAUCAUUAUCUUAGUUAUUGUUUUAUUACUAAUAGCAUCUAUUAUUGCUGGUAUCUUCUUUUAUAAAAAGCAUCGUGUAACAACCGAAACACAGUCUCGUGUUGAUAGAGACAUUAAAAAAGAUGAACUUUCAAGUAAUCCACGUUCAUCGAUUAUCAGUGGUGCAAGUACUAAUAAUAUUAAUGAUGAAGAUGAACUUGCUUCGCAUUAUUCUAAUACAAGUCAAGCUGAUUUUAUUUCGAAAUAUGAUGCUAGUCCUGACAAUAUGAAUAUCGAUAUAAAUGAUCAAAAACAACAAAAAAAUAAGCGAAGUGGUUAUUCGAAACAGACAUUUGAUGAAUUUGAAUAA